GACAGACAGACAGACGGCCGGCGGCCAGCUCAGCCCGCGGCAGAGGCUGUGCCAAGGGCCCCGGCCCCACCGGGACACGCUCCUGGCCCGGGAGCACCCGUGGGCCCUGCAGCACGGGAGCGAGGAGCGGUGGGAGUGCGGCGGUGCCGGGCGAUGGGGUUAUGCUGCCCCAACACCGCCCUCUGAGUCCCCGUGAGAAGGAGAAGGGCUAAGCGGGCCCCGCGGCCAGCGCCAUGAGCCACUCCCAGGUGUCCUCCGAGAUUCACCACAUCGUCUCGUCGGCCUUCGAGAGCCCCGAGCAGGAUGCGCUGGGCCCCAGCUCGCCCAAGUUCGGGGAGGAGGAGGAGGAGAAGGACCUGAACAAGGCGCUGGGCGUGGAGCGCUUCGAGGAGAUCCUGAGCGACUCGUACCCCCGCAACGCGGAGGAGGCCGGGCGCAGCUACGGCGAGGAGGACUUCGAGUAUCACCGCCAGUCGUCCCACCACAUCCACCACCCGCUCUCCACGCACCUGCCCCCCGAUGCCCGCCGCAAGAAGGGAGCACCCAAAAAGGGCAAGAAGAAGCGCCCCCGCGCCUCUGCCCCCGGCGAGACCCCCACCAUCGAGGAGGCCGAAGAGGAUGAGGAUGAGGCGGGCGACACGGAGACAGAGCGCUCUGCGGAGGAGCUGCUGCAGGGCGCCCCGCCGGAGGCGGUGCAGGUGGGGGCCGGCCGGGGCAGGGAGCGCAAGAGCCGGGGGGCUGCUGGUGCCCGUGGGGCCGCAGCAGCAAAUUUGUCCCCCCGCCCUUCGCCACAGUUCUUCCUGCAGGAGGACGAGGUGGCCGACCGCCGCGCAGAAGAGCCAGCAGCACCCCCGGCACUGCCAGCCCCCCCGGCAGAGCCCUGCGCGGCUGCGUCCCCCAAGGCAGCCAGGGCAGCCAGCCCUGAUGCCGAGGAGGGACGCUCAGCUGAGGGCCCGGCCGCCGAGGAAGCCGGUUCCCCCGGCCGCCCCACGGCCAAGUCCCAGCCGGGGCACCGGAGCUACAACCUCCACGAGAGGCGGCGGAUCGGCAGCAUGACGGGCGUGGAGCAGGCGCAGUACCAGAAGAUGCCCACAGACGAGUCGGAGGCCCAGACGCUGGCCUCGGCCGACCUGGACUACAUGAAGAGUCACCGCUUCGAGGACGUGCCCGGGGUGCGCCGGCACCUCGUGCGGAAGAGCGCCAAGGCGCAGGUUGUCCACGUCAGCAAGGACCACAAGGAGCCGAGCACGCGGCACCGCAAGCAGGACCGGCAGCCCCACGAGGUGUUUGUGGAGCUGAACGAGCUGGUGGUGGACAAGAACCAGGAGCUGCAGUGGAAGGAGACAGCGCGCUGGAUCAAGUUUGAGGAGGACGUGGAGGAGGAGACGGACCGCUGGGGCAAGCCUCACGUGGCCUCGCUGUCCUUCCGCAGCCUCCUGGAGCUGCGCAAGACCCUGUCCCACGGCGCCGUGCUCCUCGACCUGGACCAGAAGACUCUGCCGGGGGUGGCUCACCAGGUGGUGGAGCAGAUGGUCAUCACCGACCAGAUCCGGGCCGAGGACCGCGCCAACGUGCUGCGGGCGCUGCUGCUCAAGCACAGCCACCCGAGCGACGAGAAGGACUUCUCCUUCCCCCGCAACAUCUCGGCCGGCAGCCUGGGCUCGCUGCUCGUGCACCACCACAGCACCAACCAUGUGGGCGAGGGCAGCGAGCCGGCCGUCACCGAGCCCCUCAUCGCCGGCCACGCCGUGGAGCACGACACGCGGAUCGAUGUGGAGCGGGAGAGGGAGGUCCUGGCCCCAACGCCCCCGGCUGGCAUCACUCGCUCCAAGUCCAAGCAUGAGCUGAAGCUGCUGGAGAAGAUCCCAGACAACGCCGAGGCCACGGUGGUGCUUGUGGGCUGCGUGGAGUUCCUGGACCAGCCCACCAUGGCCUUCGUGCGGCUGCAGGAGGCCGUGGAGCUGGACUCGGUGCUGGAGGUGCCCGUCCCCGUGCGGUUCCUCUUCGUGCUGCUGGGGCCCAGCAGCACCCACAUGGACUACCACGAGAUCGGGCGCUCCAUCUCCACCCUCAUGUCCGACAAGCAAUUCCACGAGGCCGCCUACCUGGCCGACGACCGCCACGACCUCCUCAACGCCAUCAACGAGUUCCUGGACUGCAGCGUGGUGCUGCCGCCCUCGGAGGUGCAGGGCGAGGAGCUGCUGCGCAGCGUCGCCCACUUCCAGCGCGAGAUGCUGAAGAAGAGGGAAGAACAGGAGCGGAGGCUGCUGCUGGAGCCCAAGUCCCCCGAGGAGAAAGCACUGCUGAAGCUGAAGGUGGUGGAGGGCGAGGGCGAGGAUGAGGACGAUCCCCUGCGGCGCACGGGCCGGCCCUUCGGGGGGCUGAUCCGGGACGUGCGGCGGCGCUACCCCAAGUACGUGAGCGACUUCAGGGACGCGCUGAACCCCCAGUGCAUCGCAGCCGUCAUCUUCAUCUACUUCGCUGCGCUGUCCCCAGCCAUCACCUUUGGAGGGCUGCUGGGGGAGAAGACGCAGGACCUGAUCGGGGUGUCGGAGCUGAUCAUCUCCACGUCGCUGCAGGGCGUGCUCUUCUGCCUGCUGGGCGCCCAGCCCCUGCUCGUCAUUGGCUUCUCGGGGCCCCUGCUCGUCUUCGAGGAGGCUUUCUUCACGUUCUGCACGUCCAAUGGCCUGGAGUACCUGGUGGGACGCGUCUGGAUCGGCUUCUGGCUCAUCCUCAUCGUGCUGGUCAUGGUGGCCUUCGAGGGCAGCUUCCUGGUGCGCUUCGUCUCCCGCUUCACGCAGGAGAUCUUCGCCUUCCUCAUCUCCCUCAUCUUCAUCUAUGAGACCUUCUCCAAGCUGGCCAAGAUCUUCCAGGAGCACCCCCUGCACAACUGCACGAGGGCCAACGGCACGGAGGCGGAGGCCUGGAGGGAUGGCAGCACGGCCCCGGCCAACAGCACGGGGGGCCGCGCCGCCGCCAAGGUGACGGGGCAGCCCAACACGGCGCUGCUCUCGCUGGUGCUCAUGGCCGGCACCUUCUUCAUCGCCUUCUUCCUGCGCAAGUUCAAGAACAGCCGGUUCUUCCCCGGACGGAUUCGGCGGCUCAUCGGGGACUUCGGGGUGCCCAUUGCCAUCCUGGUGAUGGUGCUGGUGGACUACAGCAUCCACGACACCUUCACGCAGAAGCUGAGCGUGCCCAGCGGGUUCUCGGUGACGGCCCCGGAAAAGCGGGGCUGGGUGAUCAACCCCCUGGGCGAGAAGAGCGACUUCCCCGUGUGGAUGAUGGUGGCCAGCGGCCUCCCCGCCAUCCUCGUCUUCAUCCUCAUCUUCAUGGAGACGCAGAUCACCACGCUGAUCAUCAGCAAGAAGGAGCGGAUGCUGCAGAAGGGCUCUGGGUUCCACCUCGACCUCCUGCUCAUCGUGGCCAUGGGUGGCUUCUUCGCGCUCUUCGGGCUGCCGUGGCUCGCCGCGGCCACGGUGCGCUCCGUCACGCACGCCAACGCGCUCACCGUCAUGAGUAAGGCCGUGGCGCCCGGGGACAAGCCCAAGAUCCAGGAGGUGAAGGAGCAGCGGGUCACCGGGCUGCUGGUGGCCGUGCUCGUCGGGCUGUCCAUCGUCAUCGGGAAGCUGCUGCAGCAGAUCCCGCUGGCCGUGCUCUUCGGGAUCUUUCUCUACAUGGGCGUCACCUCCCUCAAUGGCAUCCAGUUCUACGAGCGCCUGCAGCUGCUGCUGAUGCCCCCCAAGCACCACCCUGAUGUCCCCUACGUCAAAAAGGUGCGCACGCUGCGCAUGCACCUCUUCACCGGGCUGCAGCUGGCGUGCCUGGCCGUGCUGUGGGCCGUCAUGUCCACCGUGGCCUCCCUGGCCUUCCCCUUCAUCCUCAUCCUCACGGUGCCACUCCGCAUGUGCCUGCUCAGCCGCAUCUUCACCGACCGCGAGAUGAAGUGUCUGGACGCGGACGAGGCCGAGCCCAUCCUCGACGAGCGGGAAGGUGUGGACGAGUACAACGAGAUGCCGAUGCCAGUGUGAGCCUGUGCCAGCCAGCGAGCCGCCCGCGGGGCUGGGCACGGCCAGGCCCCCGUGCUGCCGCCCUGCAUGGGGCUGGGGGCAGCGGCUGCGCAGCCGUGCCCGGCCGGGGACGGGCACCCCGCGCCCCUGGGACUCCGCUCUGCCGGCCGGGGGCCCCCCGCCAAAGAGAAGCCGUCCCGUGGCCUCACCCCACGGGGACACCCCCCCCCAGGGCACCCCGCUCGCCGCUGCUGCAGCGCAGGGGGCCCGUGCCUUUCGUCCCCCCCCCGGACACGUCCUGACCACGCCGUGGGGCAGAGCCCUCCCACCAUUCCCCUGCAGUGCUGCAGGUCCGUGCCCUGCCCCAGCUCCUCUGCCACCCUGGCCUGGCCCUGGGCUCCCGCCCGACAAUCAGGUGUUAACUGAAUACCACCGUGUUUUAUUUAACUGAAACGGCAAUAAACAGCUUUAUAGCGAGCGUGGCGGGAUGAGGAGUGCCGAGGCAGCCCGGUGCGGAGGUGCGGGGGGCAGCCCGUCCUGCCCUGCCCCACGGCCGCCCGCACCAGGGCAGGGCUGCCGGCAGCAUCCGCGCACCGCACGCGGCGGUGGGGUGCUGGCCCUGGGGACCACGGCCGCCCCCCGCCACCUCCCGGGCAGCCCUGGGGCUGGGGGCAGCCCGCUGCCUCGUACUAAUAAAGAGAACGGACUUUGCA